AGUCUUUUAAAAAAGUAAGGAGCUUGGAUCUGUGGACAGUGGCUAUCUUUAUCCUCUACUCGUUGUUGACUCCUAAUUUGGAAUUUGUUUGGAAGCUAAAGACUUAAGUGCAUCUGUGAAGGAUCGCCUUGCUCAGAAAAGAGUGCCAGGCAUUUAUAUUCACAAAAUGUCUGAUUCUACUGUUAAUGCCCAUCUGGAAGGGAUCAUUUCAGACUUUGAUGCACUGAAACGGUCAUUUGAAGUGGAAGAGAUGGACGGACUUACAAACCCUUCACCUCUUUCUCGCCGAACUGCUAAUCCCUUGCGCUCCUCUGCCACAAGCCGUUUUCAUGAGCUGGGUUCCCGAAACUCAGAAAACUCCUCCAGGUAUAGUUUGGAAUCCUUCUCCUCAGUUCAGCAUUCCCCGAAGAGCAGUGCUAGGCACAUAGAGCUCUCAAGGCGCACAGAGAUCUCUAUCGAUAUCUCCUCAAAGCAGCUGGACAACUUGCCCAGCCCUAGAACUGCCCGUUUUGGCCUAAGAAAGCCUCAGGUCUCACUCCAUAACAGAACUCAAGAGCCAGGCACACCCAGGAAGACAGAGAUCACUCUGGCACAUACCCAAGAACCACUAGUGACCCUUCAAAAAGAUGAUGUCCCUGCUUUAAUACUGAAAACUAAUGAGUCUGUUCAAAGAAAAGUUGAGCCUCCCAGCCCAGGGGACAGUUUUCUAGUGCUUACCAAAGAGCCUGAGGCAGGAGUUGCCAAGCAGGAGGAGACUCCAUCCAAAGAGUCUGAAAACAGCUUCAUUUCAACAACCAAUGCAACUUCAAGCUUCAGUGAAUUUAAAAUCCCAACAGCAUCUAUGGAUAAGACUUGCAGAGUCUCAGAGCGGUCAGAAGUCACUUCCAGCAACAAUUACAAUAGCAGCUACAGCGGUAUGGUGGAGCCAGUCAUCACUGAAAUGCCCCUGACCAUAUUCCCAGAAAAACAGAGUGUAGACUUAAGUUAUGUUGGCAUUGAUGCCAUCUUGGAACAGAUGAGGAGAAAGGCCAUGAAGCAGGGCUUUGAGCUUAACAUCAUGGUAGUAGGUCAGAGUGGUUUGGGCAAGUCUACAUUGAUGAACACUCUCUUCAAAUCAAAAGUGAGCCGAAAGUCUGUCAUCGGCACAGCUGAAGAACGCAUACCCAAAACCAUUGAGAUCAAGUCCAUCAGUCAUGAUAUUGAGGAGAAAGGUGUGAGGAUGAAGCUGACGGUCAUAGACACACCUGGCUUUGGAGAUCAGAUUAAUAAUGAGAACUGUUGGCAGCCCAUCAUGAAGUUUGUUAAUGAGCAGUAUGAACAGUACCUACAAGAAGAGAUCAACAUUAACAGGAAAAAGAGGAUUCCUGACUCACGAGUUCACUGUUGCAUCUACUUCAUUCCACCCACAGGACACUGUUUGAGACAUUUGGAUGUGGAGUUCAUGAGGCAUCUAGGUAAAGUGGUGAACAUUGUUCCAGUCAUUGCCAAGGCGGAUACCCUGACCUUGGAAGAGAGGGACUUUUUCAAAAAGAAGAUCAGAGAAGAUUUGCGAGUCAACAAUAUUGAUGUCUAUCCCCAGAAAGAGUUUGAUGAGGAUACAGAGGACAGACUGAUCAAUGAAAAAAUUAGAGAGAUUAUCCCAUUUGCAGUGGUAGGAAGUGACCAAGAGUACCAGGUCAAUGGGAGGAGGCUCUUAGGAAGAAAAACUAAAUGGGGAACCAUUGAAGUUGAGAAUAUUGCUCACUGUGAGUUUGCCUAUCUGCAAGACCUCCUUAUUAGAACCCACAUGCAAAAUUUUAAGGACAUCACCAGUAGCAUCCACUAUGAAAAGUACCGUGUGCAACGCCUAAACGAGAAUAACGUACAGGCCAGUGGCCUGACCAAGCACCAUCCAGCAUCACACGAAAUCUAAAGACUUCAUUUGUUCUCUUGUCUCAUUUCUCGUUCUACUCAUUUCCUUACUUUCCCCCUGCCACUCUAUUAUUAUUAUUCUGUAUUACUAGCACAAUCCAGGAUUAUGCAUUUGAGCAUUGACUGAGCUGACCAGUUCCCCUAGAAAAUGACAUGUAAUCAUUGUAUUAUAAUAUAAUGCACAACACUACCUUCCCAUGUCUAUGACUGACAAACAAAAGUGAAGAUAAAUCACAGUUAAUUGAUUACACCCUGAAUGUAUAUGCAUGUUUCAUUUGUCCAUUUAACACACAUGGAUUAUGUUUCUUUGUGCCAUAAUGUGGGUUUAGAUAGAUCAAGCUUUCUUUGCCUUUAAGGCAGACAUGUGGUGCUCUUUAAGCUUUUGUGCCUUGGCAUUAUCAUGCUGACAGUUGCUAUUUUUUAUGAAGCCAGUUUUUUAGCACCAGGCUCUGAACGUAUUCGUAAUUGUAAACCUCACAUAUACCUAUGCAUUGUAACACAAAAGAUUAAAAUGUGGGUAAAUAUGCAUAGGCAACAAAUGUUUUUCAUUAUGUGUUUUUAGAAUUUAGGGAAGUAACAUUCUCUCAGCUCUCACCUAGCCAUAUUUGUGUACUUUAUUUGAACUGUCUCUUAACUGCUUUAUCAGAAACUCAUCUUUUACCUUUAUGUUUUUUUUUUAUGUACCAUAGCCAAGGUUGUGUAAAACUUUUUUAUCAUCGUUUCUUCUUCUUGUCAUGAUGGACAAUACUUAAUUACUUGUUGGCACUACAUUAUCAGUGUGUGCCUGCAGUGUUUGCAUUGGUCAACUGCAGAUAGUAUUUACUACAAUGGAUGACUAAAAGCUUUUAAAAAUUAAGUGUGGACGAUUUGUCACAUAAAGUUCUACUACUACUACUACUACUACUACUACUACUAUAUAGUAUGGCUAUAAGCUGUAAUUUGAGAUAUGUAGGUUGUCUCGCUCUGUAUACUUAAAGUGAUUUAAUGCUAUUUACUAUUAACAUAAAUAUCGUUGUCAUAA